GAAUAUUAAUUCUAGAAACGAUCCGGAUAGGAACGUGAUUGUCAAGCGGAAACAAACACUUGAUGUGGUGUGAUUAAUGAUGUAGUGAAGAUUAAUAAUGCAGAAAGAUGAGCUAGUACUAUCAGAUGUACAUCUCCAGGUCCAAAGUAACCAGUCAAAAGGCCACAACAUUUCUAGGUUUUACUUUUCGGAAGAUAGAAAUACAAAGAAAAAGAAACUGGUUAGUGCAAAAACAUCUGAAGAUGGAAAAUUACAUAGAUCAAAUUUUGUCAGUGAUUCACUGACUGAUAUAAGACAAGGUCUAGAUAAACUGAUUGAAAUUACAACUAAAGAUGGAACAGAGUGUGGUGAGAAAACAGAAGAUAAAGGUAAUCCUGAAAUGGACAGAGAUAAAAAUAUUGGAGGAAUAGAAAAAUAUAAGGAUGAUAAAGGUAUUGGUGAAGUGAAGAAAGAUAAAGAUUUUUGUGAAAUGAAGACAGAUAAAGAUGUUUGUGAAAUGAAGACAGAUAAAGAUGUUUGUGAAAUGAAGACAGAUAAAGAUGUUUGUGAAAUGAAGACAGAUAAAGAUGUUUGUGAAAUGAAGACAGAUAAAGAUGUUUGUGAAAUGAAGACAGAUAAAGAUGGAGAUGUUGAAGUAAAAAGAAGAAAGAGAAAAAUAGAAGAUCUUUCUGUUAUAACAAUUGCACAUAAAAUGGAAACAACUUUGGAGAAUGUUGGGCAACAGAUAUGGUUAGCCAGCUUGUUGAUGGCAGAUUUUAUUAUUUCCCACAAAGAAGAGUUCCAAGGAAAGAGAAUAUUAGAUCUAGGAGCUGGUGUUGGAUUAACUAGUGUUGUAGCUGCUAUGUAUGCAGAUCAUAUCAUAUCAACAGAAAUAGGGAAGGACAUUAAAGAACUUGCACAACACAACCUGGAUCAAAACAAUAUAAAAGAAGUGGCAAAUUAUUCUGUGGGGGAAUUUGAUUGGUUUGAAAACAAGUAUUCUGCAGUAGAGAAAAUUGAUGAAGUAAAGUUAAAGAUGGACCAUGAAGUAGAAAAUGAUAUAGAUUCCUGUGACAUUGCUAUAUCAGCUGAUGUUAUAUAUGAUAACAACAUUACAGAUGCCUUAUUUAGAACUGUUUAUGGUCUAAUGGUCAACACAUCCAUUAGUACUUGGUACAUUUCUACAGAGAAAAGAUAUGUAUUCACAUUACAAGAUUUAGACAUAGCUUGUCCAGCUUACCAGCACUUCAGACAAUGUUUGACACAGUUACAAGACAUGUCUGACCAUGCUCAGUUUACCAUAUCCUGUGAAGAGGAAUUUCCACAAUGUUUCCAGUACAAUAGGACUAAAGAGCUUGAGCUGUGGAAGGUUACAAUACAUAGAAAUGGUACUACAAAAUGAUCAAUAACCCAUAACCUGUCUAUACAGGAGAAUGAAAAGCUGUACCAAUAAAUUAUCAGUACAAAAUGACAGUCUGCCGGCAUAGGAAGUAUAAUUACCAAGAGACACAAAUUACUAAGAGUAAUUUUGAGCUGUGUAAAUGAUUACCAAUAGAGAGAGAGUACUAGGAGUAAUAUCAAGCUGUGUUAUAAAUGACAAUCAAUAUCACAUUUCAGCCAACAGGAUCUACAGAGUUGAAGGAGGAAGUAUAUUAAGUGAAGAAAAAAAAAGAAGAACACAAUAUAACACAGUAAACUAUUUCAUUUCGGAAUGAAAAAAUGAAAGUACCUAUAGAAGACAUUGUUAAAAUAUUACUACUUCAUAUUACAUGUAUGCCGUGUCAAAUAAAUGUUACAUCUGUC